AAGUUGUGAUUUUGUGAAUUAUCAAGAAAGUUUUUUUGCAAUAUUGUUAUUGUAUAUUUGUAUCUAGCUGUGUUAUGUUAAAACUUAAAUAUUUAAUCAAAAUAAAUUGAAUUUUAAUCUUUGUAUCUAGCUUAAUAUAAUAUAAAGAAUUAUAAAAAAUCAUUUAAUUGAAUAAUUAUGAGAGAACGAGAACGUUAUAAAGAUAAAGGACAUGAUCGUACUAAAGAUAAACAUCGCGACCGUUCCAGUAGUUUAACAAGAGCACGUAGAGGUAGGUCUCGAAGUUCAUCGCCUAGAACAAGACGUGAACCACGUGAGCAUUCAAGAAGUCCACGUCGUGGUCGUUCUAGAAGUGCUUCACCAAGGGCUAGGCGCGAUGUGCGCAAAAGAAGCCGCUCUCGUCAGCGUCAUUCAAGAUCGAGAUCUCCUGUAAGACGACAUUCAAGAGAGAGGCGUCGUUCUAGAAACCGUGAUUUACGAAGAUCAAGGUCAAAAACUCCAACAAAAAAGGACAAAAAAUAUACAAGGUCUGUCCAACAUACUGCUCCUAAAGUAACAGAAGAAGAUCUACGUGGAAAAACUGCCGAGGAACAAGAAAUGAUGAAAAUGAUGGGUUUUUGUAAUUUUGACUCUACUCAUGGCAAAGAAGUAGAUGGAAAUAAUGUUGGUGAUGUUCAUGUUAUACUUAAACGUAAAUAUCGACAGUACAUGAACCGUAAAGGUGGAUUUAAUAGACCUCUAGAUUUUGUAGCUUAAGUAUGAUAACUGUUUAAAUAAAAUUGUCAAUUGUUUAUUUGACUAAUAAUAAUAAUACUUUUUGCUUAAAUAGUAUUUGUUUAAUUGUAUAUGUAUUAAUUAUUUUGAUUAAAAUAUUUAUACCAUUUAAUUUAAACUACUUUAAUUUUUUAAAUAUAAAAUUAACUAUAUUCCUACUA